AAACAUCAAUGAACCCCCACGCCAGGCAGCUAACCAAUCAGAUUUCACUCAGAAGAGGGGCGUGUUUGUGGAAAAAUGGCAAGCAAAACAAGACUCAUAUUUUCCUACAGGAGUCUCUUCACGAAUUUAAUUUGUAGGCAAGCAGCAAGGUCAUUAGAAUGGCACGGCUCAAGGAACAUUUCAUCACAAUUAAAUCAGAACGCAGGACUGUUUGCGUUGAAGAAGAGCAACUCAAAUUACAAUAUCAUGUGCCAGAGAAGCAUGUUCAUUCAAACUCAAACAACUCCGAACCCCAACAGCCUCAAAUUUUUGCCAGGGAGAGAGGUUCUAGGCCCUGGCAAAACUAUGGAUUUCCCUUCCGCAACUGCAGCCUACUGUUCCCCUCUGGCCAAAUUACUUUUUCGGAUUGACGGAGUGAAAGGUGUCUUUUUUGGCCCUGAUUUCAUCACAGUCACAAAGGUGGAUGAAGACAAUGAUUGGAAGCUCCUGAAACCAGAGAUUUUUGCUGUCAUCAUGGACUUCUUUGCAAGCAAUCUCCCAAUUGUGACUGACGCUAAACCAAAUGCGGACACAGUAAUCAAUGAAGAUGAUAGUGAGAUUGUCUUAAUGAUAAAAGAACUACUGGAUACACGAAUCAGACCGACAGUGCAAGAAGAUGGCGGUGAUAUUAUUUUUGUGGGUUUUGAAGACGGCAUCGUGAAAUUGAAAAUGCAAGGCUCAUGCACAAGCUGCCCCAGCUCUGUUGUUACCCUGAAAAACGGGGUUCAAAAUAUGCUGCAGUUCUACAUACCUGAGGUUGUGUCUGUCGAGCAAGUUGAAGAUGAGUCUGAUGCAGUUAUUAAAAAGGAAUUUGAGGAGCUUGAGAAGAAACUGAAAAAAGAUGACCCAUAAUUUGUUAGAUUAUAACCAAGGUAAGAUUGGUUUUUCUCAUAGAAUCAAAAUCCAGUCCAAAAUCUGCUGACUGUUGAAAAAUAAAUAAAAAAUUGUUAAACAUAAA